CUUUAAUAUGACCUUUCUCGCCUCCCUCUUUUGCUUUACAAUGAAAAGCUCUGGAACCUUCUCUGGAGCUCUCUCUUCUGCACAGUCGCAUCCCCGAAGUGACACUGUCGCUGGGACCGGUGUGAGGGUCUCCUGGGGUAUGUGUCCCGGGCACUUGGCCUCAGAGGAGGGAGCGACUGGGGUCUCCCCAAGGAUGCUGGUGGAGGGGCCCGUUCAGCACUGGAGGAGUUAAUGUGGGACCGCGUAAGCGAAGGGGAAAAAGUUGGAGUUGACACUUAAAGGGGGGCGGGGGGGGCGGGGGAGCGAGCCCCGCUGACUCCUGAUUGGUUUUACAUUUCAUCCGAAUUUUUUUUCUCUCCUCUCUCUCUCCCUCUUUUCAGUUUCUCUCUCUGAUCCCAGGGGAGGGGAAACGGGAAUAGUGAGAGAUCAAAAAUAAACCUCUUAUGUCAAAGCCGCGGAGGAAGUAUAAAUACGAAGGGCUCGGCAGCCCACUCUGGGCUUCCCGGGCUGGGGAGAAGGCAGGCGCGGAGGACGCGCGCGCGGCAGGGGCGCCAGUUGCUCGCGCUCGGCUGGGCGGGAGGGCGCGGCGGCAGCCGCGCCAGCCGGAGGGGCCGCCCGGGGACCGCCGCCGCCAGGCGCCCACCGGCCGCGCGGCCGGCCAGCCACCCGCUCCUGCCCGCGCCGGGCCCGCUUCCCCCGCCGCCCGCGCCGCAGCCGCAGCCCCCAUGCCCCGCGCCGCCCCCCGGUGGCCGCCGCUCCUGCUGCUGCCGCUGCUGCCGCUGCUGCCGCCGCCGCCGCCGCCGCUCGCCCGCGGCGCCCCGGCCAGGCCUGGAGGCGGGGCGCCGGCCUCGGCGCUGGUGGUGCCCACGCGGUUACCGGGCGGCGCGGGCGAGCUCGCGCUCCACCUGUCCGCCUUCGGCCGCGACUUCGAGCUGCGCCUGGCGCCCGACGCCAGCUUCCUGGCGCCCGAGUUCAAGAUCGAGCGCCUCGGGGGCUCCGGCGGGGCGGCCGGGGUCGAGCAGGAGCUGCGCGGCUGCUUCUUCUCGGGCACGGUGAACGGGGAGCCCGAGUCGCUGGCGGCCGUCAGCCUGUGCCGCGGGCUGAGCGGCUCCUUCCUGCUGGACGGCGAGGAGUUCACCAUCCAGCCUCAGGGCGCGGGGGGCUCCUUGCACCAGCCGCACCGCCUGCAGCGCCGGGAGCCCGGGCGCGCAGCCGCCGCCGAAGCCCAGCCCUUGCCCGGAGCGCCCGAGUGGGAGGCGGAGAAGGGAGAGGGCCAGAGGCAGGACGACGAGGAGGACGAGGAGGACGAGGAGGACGAGCAGAGCAAAGAAGAGGAGGCACAAGGCGCCAGCGAGCCGCCGCCGACCCUGGGGGCCACGAGUAGGACCAAGCGGUUUGUGUCUGAGGCUCGCUUCGUGGAAACUCUGCUGGUGGCCGAUGCGUCCAUGGCUGCUUUCUACGGAGCCGACCUGCAGAACCACGUCCUGACGCUGAUGUCUGUGGCGGCCCACAUCUACAAGCACCCCAGCAUCAGGAACUCCAUCAACCUGAUGGUGGUGAAGGUGCUGAUCGUGGAGGAUGAGAGAUGGGGCCCCGAGGUGUCCGACAACGGCGGGCUGACGCUGCGCAACUUCUGCCACUGGCAACGGCGCUUCAACCAGCCCAGCGAUCGGCACCCCGAGCACUUUGACACGGCCAUCCUGCUCACCAGACAGAACUUCUGCGGGAAGGAGGGCUUGUGUGACACCCUGGGCGUGGCGGACAUUGGCACCAUCUGUGACCCCAGCAAGAGCUGCUCCGUGAUCGAGGACGAGGGCCUGCAGGCGGCCUACACUCUGGCCCACGAGCUUGGGCACGUCCUCAGCAUGCCCCAUGACGACUCCAAGCCCUGUGCUCGGCUCUUCGGGCCCCUGGGCAAGCACCACAUGAUGGCGCCCCUCUUCGUCCACCUGAACAAGACGCUGCCCUGGUCCCCCUGCAGCGCCAUGUACCUCACGGAGCUCCUGGACGGCGGGCACGGAGACUGUCUCCUGGACGCCCCUACCUCGGCCCUGCCUCUGCCCACAGGCCUCCCGGGCCGCCGGGCCCUCUACGAGCUGGACCAACAGUGCAAGCAGAUCUUUGGGCUGGGCUUCCGCCACUGCCCCAACACCUCUGCUCAGGACAUCUGUGCCCAGCUCUGGUGCCACAUGGAUGGCGCCGAGCCCCUUUGCCACACGAAGAAUGGCAGCCUGCCCUGGGCGGACGGGACGCCUUGUGGGCCCGGGAGCCUCUGCUUGGAUGGCAGCUGCCUGCCUGAGGAGGAAGUAGAGAAGCCCAAGGCCGUGGUGGAUGGAGGCUGGUCCCCGUGGGGACCCUGGGGAGAAUGUUCACGGACCUGCGGAGGAGGAGUACAGUUUUCACACCGCGAGUGCGAGGACCCCGAGCCUCAGAACGGAGGGAGAUACUGCCUGGGUCGGAGAGCCAAGUACCAAUCGUGCCACACGGAGGAGUGCCCCCCUGAUGGGAAGAGCUUCAGGCAGCAGCAGUGUGAGAAGUACGACGCGUACAAUUACACGGACGUGGAUGGGAACCUGCUGCAGUGGGUCCCCAAGUACGCAGGGGUGUCCCCCCGGGACCGCUGCAAGCUGUUCUGCCGAGCCCGGGGGCGGAGUGAGUUCAAAGUGUUUGAAGCCAAGGUGAUCGACGGCACCCUGUGCGGGCCCGAGACUCUGGCCAUCUGUGUCCGUGGCCAGUGUGUCAAGGCUGGCUGUGACCACGUGGUGGACUCGCCUAGGAAGCUGGACAAAUGCGGCGUGUGCGGCGGCAAAGGCAACUCGUGCAGGAAGGUGUCCGGUUCCCUCAACCCCUCCAGUUAUGGCUACAAUGACAUCGUCACCAUCCCAGCUGGCGCCACUAACAUUGACGUGAAACAGCGGAGCCACCCAGGGGUCCAGAACGACGGCAACUACCUGGCCUUGAAGACCGCCGACGGGCAGUACCUGCUCAAUGGAAACCUGGCCAUCUCCGCCGUAGAGCAGGACAUCCUGGUGAAGGGCACCGUCCUCAAGUACAGCGGCUCCGUCGCCUCCCUGGAGCGGCUGCAGAGCUUCUGGCCCCUGCCUGAGCCCCUGACCGUGCAGCUCCUGUCACUCCCUGGGGAGGCCUUUCCCCCCAGAGUCAAAUAUACCUUCUUUGUCCCUAAUGACGUGAACUUCAGCAUACAGAGCAGCAAAGAGAGAGCGACGACCAACGUCAUCCAGCCCCUGCUCAAUGCGCAGUGGGUCCUGGGAGACUGGUCUGAGUGCUCCAGCAGCUGCGGGGCCGGCUGGCAGCGGCGGGCCGUGGAGUGCCGCGACCCCAGAGGCCAGGCCUCCACCACCUGCGACGAGGCUCUGAAGCCUGAGGAUGCCAAGCCGUGCGGAAGCCAGCCGUGCGCCCCGUGAUCCAGUGGGCGGGCCAGGCUUAUGCUCAUGGACUCGGGGCGCGGGGUGCAGACCAGGGUCACGCUACGGUGACCCCACGUCUGGGGGUGGCGUGGCCUGCCUACCCAGGCCCCCCACUGCUGCAGCUGGGCAUGAAUCCAUGGGGGGAGGAGAGGAGAGGAGCAGACCACAGAUGCUAAAGUCUACUAUCUAGUGGGUUGGACCUUGCUUGGGUUCAAGCAGAGGGUAUAGGUUAAAAGGUAAAGAGUGCUCUUAUGGACCCAAAAAGAAGACUCGGUCAGCCUGUUUGCAAAGGACUAACAAAGUUAAACGAAAAAUGUUUUUUCUACUUGGUUCCCUCGUUAAAUAAUCUACCUCAGAGGGGAAAAAAUUAGUCAGAGAUGUGGAGUAGGGGUGGAUGGGGAGUGUCAAAGCAAGCACUGUAGCUGCACCCCGAACUGUCUUCAGAAAUGACCAGGAGUGUCUUCAGUAUUAAACCCAUCGCCUGGAGGGCUGCGAGUCGCAGGAUUGUGGAGAGCCCCGUGUUCUCAGGCUCCCACCGGCAGGGGUGGAUCCAUUUCAAGUAUUUAUGCAAAUGUGUCUCUGAACUAAAGUGUGAUCUUGUGCCAGUGGAGUGGUCUGAUCUGGUUCAGUAUUUCUUUGGAAAGGGCAGGGGACCCAGGGCCCAAGGACAGAGGCUAAAACUAGGUCGGCUCACCUUGAGCACAGCCAGGGAAGCUGGCACCUUGCCUGCACCUCUGAGGCCUCCCCUGAAUUCUCACGUCUGCUG